AUGCAGGCUGUGUACUUCUGCUUCGGGAUGGACAACGGUGAGAACACACACUUCACCUCACCUAUCAGACGAUACUCUGACAUCAUCGUGCAUCGGCUGCUGGCUGUAGCCAUUGGAGCAGACAGCACUUACCCAGACCUGAUGGACAAACACAAGCAGUCUGCCCUCUGCAACAACCUCAACUACAGACACAAGAUGGCCCAGUACGCACAGCGAGCCUCUGUAGCCUUCCACACACAGCUGUUCUUCAAGAGCAGAGGCAUCCUGAACGAAGAGGGCUUCAUCCUGUUUGUGAGGAAGAACGCCAUCAUCGUCCUCAUCCCUAAGUUUGGUCUGGAGGGAACGGUGUUCUUUGAGAACAAAGAUAAACCCAGCCCCAAACUGAUCUUCAACGAAGAGGCUCCUAGUCUGACGGUGGAGGGCCACUCCUUCAACAUGUUUGACAAGGUCAAAGUGACAAUCAGUCUGGAUGCGUCCAACGUCCAGCACCAGAAGAUCAGGAUGUCCCUGGUCGAACCUGUGAUCUCUGGAGUGAGUGUGGCGCCGUCUGAACCAGAACCAGAGGUCAAGAGAGCUAAACUGGACCGUUGAACAACACCAUCCUCAGACUGAAACUCUUCUCCGAGCUCAGUUUAGAGUUAUUUUAAAUGUUUAGCUUUUCUUUUCUACAUUACAAGCACAGAACAUCCUGUGGUUAAUAUGUUUAUGAUUUUAAAACCUUCAGUCAGAACCUUUUUUCCUUGACUUAAUGUCAUCCUUCCAGGUAAAUGUUAAUGGGAUGCCAGUAACCUGUAGAAUGGGAUGAUAUAUUGUAUUUCUAGUCCUGACCGGUCUAUUCUGGAAGGAAUGUUACCUUGUAAAACUCUCAAUAAAGCUCUUGGUUUUAGCCAAUAUUCCUUUUCUCA